GGGAAUUCUAGCAGACGACUGUGAAUGCUGGUCUUAUCUGUGUGUUCUCCUAAUCUUGAUUUUAGUUUUUAUGGAUUCCCUGAAAUGGAUUGGUUUCCAAAUCUUAAGAAAAAUGAAGGGAAGGAAGCCCAAACGUUAUGAAAACUCUGAUUCGGAAGAAAUUAGUUUUUCGGAGGAGUCUAUGGAGUAUGAUUUCAUCACUAUUCAGAAUGCUACAAAUAAUUUCUCUAAGACAAACAAGAUAGGAGAAGGAGGUUUUGGUGUCGUAUACAAGGGUACAUUUGAAAACGGACAACAAGUUGCUGUGAAGAAGUUGUAUCAAAACUUAAAGGGAGGUAGUCAAGAAUUUAAAAAUGAGGUCACUUUAAUGGUCAAGUUUCAACACAGGAAUUUGGUCAGGCUUCUUGGUUUUAGCUUGGAAGGAAAAGAAGUGCUUCUUGUAUAUGAAUUUGUUCCCAAUGGCAGCCUUGACAAUUUUUUAUUUGAUCCGGUAAAACGUGAAUGUUUGGGUUGGGAAAGACGUUACAAAAUAAUAGAAUGCAUUGCCAGAGGGCUUGUCUAUCUGCACGAAGGCUCUUAUAUUCGCAUUAUUCAUUGCAAUCUCAAAGCUAGUAAUGUUUUACUAGAUGAAGAUUUGAACCCAAAGAUUGUGGACUUUGACAUGUCCAAGUUGUUUACUUCAGACAAAAUCCACAUCUCGACAAGCAGAAUCAUGAGAACCAGCAGAUAUAUGGCACCUGAGUAUGCGUUGUUGGGUGAAAUUUCUAUUAAAUCAGACGUAUAUAGUUUUGGAAUGCUAAUUCUGGAAAUUAUAAGUGGACAUAGGAUUUCUAGUUUUCAAAAUGGAGAAUCUAGAAAUGAUGACCUUUUAAGCUAUGCUUGGACACAUUGGAAAGAUGGGUCCACUUCAAAUGUGAUUGAUUCUAUGUUGAAAGGUAUAUCAAGUCCAGUGGAUGAGAUAACAAAAUGCAUCCACAUUGCCUUGCUGUGUGUUCAAGAAAGUGUUGCAGAUAGACCAAAAAUGAUUGAAGUUCUUCAAAUGCUAAAUAACUUAUCUAUGAGGCUUCCAGAACCCCUAGACCCUGGACUUUUUAUUCGUGGCAGCAUCAGUUCAGAGGCUUCAAGUCAGUUUACCAAAAAUGUGAAGUCAAUUAGUGAUCAAUAUGUCAGGAAAAUGCAGAAGAAGGCCAAAAGCUAUGCGAAGACUGUGGAUGAAUCUUGCUCAAGUGUUGAAAUUAGUUCUGUGGAGUCUCAUCUAAUAAAAUACGAAUUGAUUACCUUACAAAAUGCAACAAAUAACUUCUCUCGAGAAAACAUAUUAGGACAAGGGGCAUUUGGUGUAGUAUACAAGGGAAAACUUAAAAAUGAGCUAGAAGUUGCUGUGAAGGUAUUGGACUGUUCAAGGCAUUUCCUAGAGAUUUUUAAAAAUGAGGUGGCUUUACUAGCUAGGAUUCAACACAGGAAUUUGGUGAGGCUAUUUGGUUACUGCCAAGAAGGAAGAGAAAUGAUUCUUGUCUAUGAAUUUGUUCCCCAUGGCCUUGAUGAAUUUUUAUUUGAUCGUAUAAAAUGUGGAUAUUUGGAUUGGGGGAGACGCUACAAUAUAAUAGAAGGCAUUGGCAAAGGGCUUGUUUAUCUGCACGAAGACUCUCGUCUUCGCAUUGUACAUCGCAAUCUCAAUGCUAGUAAGAUUUUGCUAGAUGCAGAUUUGAACCCAAAAGUUACAAACUUUGGCCUUGCUUGGUUCUUUGCUUUAGAUGAAAUUGAAGGCUCUACAGACAAAGUCGUGGGGACCUGCUCAUAUUUUGCCCCAGAGUAUGCGAUGAAUGGUGAAAUUUCUGUUAAAACUGAUGUAUUUAAUUUUGGAGUGUUAGUCUUACAAAUUAUAAAUGGACAUAAGAAUGAUCUUAUAAACUAUUCUUGGAGGCAUUGGAAAAAGGGGUCUCUUUCAAAUGUAAUAGAUCCAAUGCUGAGAGGUAUCUCAAGUCCUGUGCCUGAUAUAAUUAAUUGCAUCCACAUUGCGUUGCUGUGUGUUCAAGAAAAGGUUAAAGAUAGACCGACAAUGGGUGAAGUUGUUCAAAUGUUAAGUAACUUAUCUAUGAGCCAUCCAAUACCCUCAGUCCCUGGAUAUUAUGGUGAUGACAACUUAAGUUUAGAUGAUUCAGAGGUUUCAAUUAGUGAUGAUGAGUAUCCCAGAUAGCUCCCAAAAUGAUACCCAACUCAUCAAUCCAAGCACCUACAGUGACAUACUGUGAUUGCUUAUUGCAAUUGAUAUGAUUUUGAUUUUGCAUUGUUCUCGAAUUUUGAUUCAGAGGUUUGAAUUAGUAGUUCUUCUCUGUAGACUUUUCCUCUUCUUUGCACUCUUCUCUUUAAAGGGGUUACGUUCAGACAUAC